CCCCGUCCUCUUGCCUCCUCCUAAAACAUCGCACCGCCCAACAAAAACCCUAAACCCCCUCCAUAGCCAUCCCUCGCUAACCUCCGAGAAAUCACCGCAAUCUCCAUCGGAAGGCCGCCGGAGACUCGCCGCCGAUGAAGCCACCCAAGUCGAAGCAGUCCCGCAAGCAGAGGCGCCUCUCGGAGGUCCAGGAGAUCGAGCUCCUGGACGCGUGGAUCGAGUCCCGCAAGCCCGAUUCCGGCUCCAAUCCCCUGUCGCUCCCUCCGCCGCCGCCGCCCCCGCCCUUCGAGCAGGACGCCGCCUCGCUCCCUCCCUACGCCGGGUCCGCGAGGUUCGACCAGCUCCCGAUAUCGAGCAGGACGAAGGACGGCCUGCGCGACGCCAAGUUCGUGAAGAUGACCGAUGUUCAGAGGGCGUCGCUGCCUCACUCGCUCUGCGGGAGAGACGUUCUCGGCGCGGCGAAGACCGGGUCGGGGAAGACUCUGGCUUUUCUCAUUCCGGUAUUGGAGAAAUUGUACAGAGAACGAUGGGGUCCUGAGGACGGGGUAGGAAGCAUCAUAAUAUCUCCGACAAGGGAAUUAGCUGGUCAGCUUUUUGAUGUGUUGAAAGUUGUUGGGAAGUACCAUGGCUUCAGUGCCGGUCUUCUCAUCGGUGGCCGCAAGGAUGUCGACCUUGAAAAGCAGAGUGUAAACGACCUUAACGUAUUGGUCUGUACUCCUGGUCGGCUUCUUCAGCAUAUGGACGAGACCCUGAACUUUGAUUGCUCACAGCUUAAGGUCUUGGUCCUUGAUGAGGCAGAUCGUAUUCUUGAUGUUGGAUUUAAGAAGACUCUAAAUGCAAUUAUUUCGCAGCUGCCUAAACAUAGACAAACCAUGCUCUUUUCUGCAACCCAGACAAAGUCAGUCCAGGAUCUUGCAAGGCUUAGUUUGAAGGACCCUGAGUAUAUAAGUGUGCACGAGGAGUCUGUGACGGCGACUCCAAGCCGCUUGCAGCAAACUGCCAUGACUGUUCCGCUUGAGCAGAAGCUGGACAUGUUGUGGAGCUUUAUUAGGACACACCUCAAAUCCCGGACUCUCGUGUUUCUCUCUAGUUGCAAGCAGGUGAAAUUUGUCUAUGAAGCAUUUAAGAAACUUCGUCCAGGAAUUCCCUUGAAAUGUCUUCAUGGAAGGAUGAAGCAGGAGAGAAGGAUGGGAAUAUAUUCUGAAUUUUGUGAGAAGAGGUCUGUUCUUUUUUCAACUGACGUGGCUUCUAGAGGUCUUGAUUUCAAUAAGGCAGUGGACUGGGUUGUUCAGGUUGAUUGUCCAGAAGAUGUUGCAUCUUACAUUCAUCGAGUCGGUCGCACAGCUCGAUAUUUGUCUGGAGGAAGGUCAGUUUUGUUUCUGAUGCCAUCAGAAAUGAAAAUGCUUGAAAAAUUGAAAGCUGCCAAAAUUCCUUUGGAACUUGUUAAGGCAAAUGACAAAAGGUUUCAACCAGUUUCCGGCUUGUUGUCUGCCUUGCUUGUCAAGUAUCCCAAUAUUCAAUAUCUUGCACAAAGGGCCUUCAUCACAUAUUUACGGUCGAUCCAUAUACAGAAAGAUAAAGAGAUCUUUGAUGUGAUGAAACUCCCUGUUGAUGACUUCUCAGCAUCAUUUGGUCUACCGAUGACUCCGAAGAUUCGUUUCCUAAACCAGAAAAAUAAGUCCAAGAUAGUCUUAGAAGAAUCUUUACCACUUGAACCAGAGAAUGCUGUGGGCAAAAGUGAAUUGAAGGUCUCAACAAAGAGUCUGAUGGUGAAUGACUCUAAACAAGAUGAAGAGAACAAUUUACUUUUGACUGAUGAUGAUGUGGAUGAGGCUCAGCCAGAUGAUGAUGUGGAUGAGGCUCAGCCAGAUGAUGAUGUGGAUGAGGCUCAGCCAGAUGAUGAUGUGGAUGAGGCUCAGCCAAAAGUUAAUGAACUUGAAGAUGUAAUACCGGCGACUCGGGUUUUGAAGAAAAAGAAGCUUAAAAUCAAUGUCAAUAGGCCAGUGGGAUCUAGAGUUGUCUUCGAUGAUGAAGGCAAUACCCUACCCCCACUUGCCAGGAUAGCAGAGAUGCUUAGUUCGGAUGGUGCUCUUCUGCUUGACAAAGGCAAGAAAGACGAGUACUAUAAGAGGAUGAGAGAGGAGAUGAAGCUAGUGGAUAAAGAAGACAAGCUCCUUGAGCGACAGCGCCGCAGGGAAAGAAGACUCAAGCAAAAGAUGAAACUGAAGGAAGGGAAAGGUAAAGAUGAUGAUGAUGAGGGUGAGAGUGAGCUUUCGGAGUCGGACGGUGAAGCUAUGGAGAACAGGAAGCGAAAGAAGUCGAAAAUAUAUUUUGACAGUGACGAUGACGGUGGCACACAAAAAGAAACCAACGAUAAGAUCAAUCAGAAGUCCGACGCUAUAUCUUUGGCAGAGCAAGAGGCAUUGGCUCUUAAGCUGCUGAGUUCAAUGCACUCAUGAGUCAUGAUUUAACUUUAUAAUGAUGAAUCUAGUUGUGAGAUUAUUUUCUUCCGACUGGCUUUACCAAGUUUUGUCCGUGUUACUUAACUCUUGAUCCGGCACAUGUAAUGCUUUGUUGAGGCAGAGACUGCAUCAGGAUGGUAUUUUAUGCGAGAGCAUCGUACAUAUUUGGAGUUCCCACAAAUAUUUGUCGGGGCGUUAGUAGAAAUUUGAAGAAGCAUGUUGCAAGUCGACUCUUACCAUA